AUGGGUUUUGAGAGACUAUUGGGGUGUGUCCGGAGGCUUUUCUGUGCUGACUUGACGCAGGCCAGCCCUGACGAUACCUAUCUUACAUACCAUGACAUUAGCUUGACGAAUGAAGACGUUGAUACGCUGAAGAAUGACUGGCUGACGGAUAAUGUGGGUGCCAAUGGAUCAGCUCAUUCAGUCUCGCAAGCUAACAUGUUUAAAACUGGCCAGGUACCUCGAGCGCGAAGUCAUUUCACAAUAUCAAACCACCAACAUCAUCCUCCUACGACCCACCUGACAGAAGCCGAGGGCGGCACACACUGGUCUUUGCUCCUCGUUUCAGUUGUUGAUGGGGUUGCGUUCCAUUACGAUUCCCUUCCCCCAGGAAAUCGCAACGAAGCCCUGAGAGUCGCGCAAAAAGUUAGCAUGAUCCUCGAUCGUGGAUUCCGCUUCGUUCAACUCGACGAUUCCCCUGUCCAGGAAAAUAGCAGCGACUGCGGCGUUUUCGUUUGCUUGACCAUGCGACAUCUUUUGAUCAAUAGGCUGCUAAAGGCUUGCACCAGCGAGAAGGUCAGUAUGAGUCUCGGUGGCAAGAAAGUCAACGCUUCGGCGGGAAGAAGGGAGAUGGUGCGGAUAAUCGACCGUUUCAGGAAAAAGAAAGACCAUAAAAGCUCGCGCAAGUGGGAACCUGCAGAUUCAGCGCAGGAAGAUUGCACAAAGACUUACAACGUCGAUCUUCAGCGGUUGCAUAAUCAAUGCCAGCACAGCAGGAGGACUUAUUCCAGAUCACCGAUAUCUUUUCAGAAUGGCCUCAAGCAGAACCGCAUUCCAGCCGCGUACUAUCGCGGCGGAACAUCUCGUGGCGUGAUAUUCCAGACCAAAGAUCUUCCCUUGGCCCGCGCGGACUGGGCCCCCAUAUUUCUCGGCGUGAUGGGUUCGCCGGAUUCGAAUGGACGCCAACUUGACGGCCUGGGAGGUGGCAUAUCGAGCUUAUCGAAGAUAUGCGUCGUGGGCCCAUCGGAUAGACCGGGAAUUGACGUGGAGUUUACGUUUGUGCAGGUCGGGGUGAAAUCUACGGAUAUUGAUUAUUCGGGGAAUUGUGGGAAUUUGAGCAGUGCGAUUGGCCCGUUUGCUGUGGAUUCGGGGAUUAUUAGGCCAACGUGCGAGUAUGGGGAUGUGACCGUGCGGAUAUAUAAUACUAAUACGGAUAAGGUUAUUGAGGCUACGUUUCCGGUGCAUGGUGGUGAGGCGCUGGCGCAUGGUGACUUUGCGAUCGACGGGGUGGCCGGGACCGCUGCAAAAGUUAAGCUUGAUUUCAUAAAGCCUAGUGGUUCGAAGACUGGGAAGAUGUUGCCAACGGGGAACGUGGUGGAUUAUUUCGACGGUAUCAGGACUACGUGUGUGGAUGUGGGGAAUCCGUCGGUGUUUGUCUCGGCUGAGGAGCUUGGUGUUAGUGGAACUAUACUUCCCGAUGAGACGCAGAACGUACCUGGAUUGCUGGACAGGUUGGAGUCGAUUAGACAACAAGCUACGAUGAAGAUGGGGAUGGCGAGUACUCCAAGAGAGGUCCCGGCGUCGAUUCCGAAAAUAUGUUUCGUCUCUCAACCCAGUUCGCAUUCGUUGCUCUCUGGGGAGAUAUUAGACGGUGAUUCCGUUGAUGUCGUGGUGCGUGCGAUUUCUGUGGGCCAGCCGCACAGGGCGUUGCCGAUAACGACGAGUUUGAGCCUUGCCGUCGCAGCGAAGAUCCAGGGUUCUGUGGUCAACCAACUUGUUCGGGCCAGCGUGGAAGAUAAGGAAGAAUUGGUGAUUGGGCAUUCUAGCGGGAAACUAGUGGUUGGCGCGAGUAUCAAGGCUGAUGGAGAAGUCGAGAAGGCUUCUGUUUAUCGAACGGCGAGGAGAUUGAUGGACGGCAUUAUAUACUGGAAAUGA